AUGAAGCCAAAUGAGGCUGUCCACGUCACCACAAAUAAUCAACAUUUGGGUUUCUACAAGAUGAAGUGGACUAGGAUUCUGUCUGUUGUUGGGAUUCUAAAAGAUGAAGUGGAUCUGAUGGUGUCUGUGAUGAAAGCUAAGAAGGGGUCGUCUGCUGACAUUGGAGGUUUAGAAGCUCAGUUUCAGGAGAUUAAAGAAGCUGUUGAGUUGCCUCUAACUCAUCCUGAGUUGUAUGAAGAUAUUGGUAUUAAACCGCUCAAGGGUGUGAUUUUGUAUGGUGAGCCAGAAACUGGGAAGACACUGCUUGCUAUGGCGGUGGCUAACUCUACAUCAACUACUUUCUUGAGAGUUGUUGGUAGUGAACUGAUUCAGAAAUAUUUGGGAGAUGGUCCCACGCUUAUUCCUGAAAAGUACAAUCCGGCCACUUGGAUGCUUGAAGCUAGCUCCCUUGCCGCCGAGUUGAAACUUGGAGUUGACUUUGCUGAGCUAUACAACAACUCUUCUUUAUGCCAGUGA